UUUAAAAGCCCGGCCGCUGGGCGCCGGGGGCUCCCAGGACCCGCGCGCCGCCUCACCUGUCUGAACCGCCAGCCGCCAUGCUCUCCGUCCGCGUCCCGCUCGCCACCAUCGCGGACUCGCAGCAGCAGCAGCUGCAGCUCUCGCCCAUGAAGGGGCUCAGCCUGGCGGACAAGGAGAACACGCCCCCGGCCCUCAGCGGGGCCCGCGUGCUGGCCAGCAAGACCGCGAGGAGGAUCUUCCAGGACCCCGGCGAGCCGAAGACGAAGGUGCCUGCCCCCAGCGUGGAGGAUGAGCCGCUGCUGAGAGAAAACCCUCGCCGCUUUGUCAUCUUCCCCAUCGAAUACCAUGAUAUUUGGCAGAUGUAUAAGAAAGCUGAGGCUUCCUUUUGGACAGCUGAGGAGGUGGACCUCUCCAAGGACAUCCAGCACUGGGAGGCCCUGAAGCCCGAGGAGAGAUACUUCAUAUCACACGUUCUGGCCUUCUUCGCAGCCAGUGACGGCAUAGUCAAUGAGAACUUGGUGGAGCGCUUUAGCCAAGAAGUUCAGAUUACAGAAGCCCGCUGUUUCUAUGGCUUCCAAAUCGCCAUGGAAAACAUACAUUCUGAAAUGUACAGUCUCCUCAUUGACACUUACAUUAAAGAUUCCAAAGAAAGGGAAUUUCUCUUCAAUGCCAUUGAGACGAUGCCUUGUGUGAAGAAGAAAGCAGACUGGGCCUUGCGGUGGAUUGGGGACAAAGAGGCUACCUAUGGAGAACGGGUUGUAGCCUUUGCCGCAGUGGAAGGAAUCUUUUUUUCUGGCUCUUUUGCAUCCAUAUUCUGGCUCAAGAAACGAGGACUGAUGCCCGGCCUCACAUUUUCCAAUGAACUUAUUAGCAGAGAUGAGGGUUUACACUGCGACUUUGCCUGCCUGAUGUUCAAACACUUGGUGCACAAACCUUCGGAGCAGAGAGUAAAAGAGAUAAUUAUCAAUGCUGUUAGGAUAGAACAGGAGUUCCUGACGGAGGCCCUGCCAGUGAGGCUCAUUGGGAUGAACUGUGCUUUAAUGAAGCAGUACAUUGAAUUCGUGGCAGACAGACUUCUGCUGGAGCUGGGUUUUAACAAGGUGCCGGAGCCGGGGAAGCACAGGGCCGAUGAAGCCAGGGCCUGUGGAGACUGCGCACUGACGGGGAGACGGCAAACCAACUAACCAGUGUGCGGUGUCAGUUGGGAUGCGGUGGAAGCAGUCUUGCUCAGAGGCUGUUGCGACUCACCGUGCAGGGAAAGUGUUUCCUUUCCGCCUCAGUACUUCUGAUCCUCGUUUGGCUGGCCGCAGCCGCUGAGCCAUGAACCACUGGGCCUAGCCUGAGUGAUGCCAUCCCCCCUCUUUCCAGUCUUCUCCAGCACAUGGGUUUCCUCCAGGACACAGCGAAGAGUUCUCUCAGAGCCGGAAUCCCCCAACUGAGGAAGUGACACUGAGCCAGGGUUACGUGACUCCCAUGGUACCUCCAGGGCGGUGUAAUUAUGUUGAAGUGCCCUCAUACAUGACACGGAGGCCUGGAUGUCCCUGGACCAACUCAGCAGAGAAGACUGAGAAACGCUCUGCAGGAGACGAGUUCUGGUUUUUGCAGCAUAGACAGUAAAAGACGAAAAGGCCAGUGUGAUGAGGGGUGGGCCCGGCUGCGGGCUCUGGGCUGUGGGUGGAGGCCAGGGUGCUCCCAGGAGAGGGCAUUCUGACACUGGUGGGGCCUGCUGCUGCUUUUAAGUCGGCUGGCACGGCCCCAGUGCCAGCUUCCCUUUCCUAGUUCCCUGGACGUCCACCAGCUCCUGAACGCUCUGUGUGAAUGAACUUGAAGUUCAAGCUUUCUGAGCUCGAAGGACAGCUGAGUUUCACACCUGGAUUUCUGAGGGUGGAAGCAGGAGCCCAAAAGCUGAGGCCCGGGAGGAUGCAGCCCCGGGGAUCUGAAGGAGUCCUGGAGAGGCUGUGAACGAGGAGGUAGGGAGACGGGAGGCAGUUUGUCCCAGCUCCUGAGUCCUAGGAGGCCUUGGCUGACAUCCAGUUUACAGAGACUGAGGGGGCCCCACCUGCUAACUGUAAUUCAAAUUCUGGUACCCAAGCGAGCCAGACUAGAGGAGCGGCCCCAGCCCUGCCCUGAGGCUCUGCCCAGCUCUCCCCUACUCUGACAGGGAGCUCCACCCUGGCUCCUGCCACGAAGGCCAGCUCAGGGGAGCGCCCUGAGACCCGGGCUUAGCCGAACUUUCCGGAGGGAAGGGAUGCCAGCAGCCUUUCUCUGCAGGCUCCCCGGCUCUAAGGAAACCCCCAGACUCCCCAGCUGUGAGCUCCUGUGCCUGCCAGGAACCCUUGUCACUCUUUCCACCUUCUAGAAUGACCUAUUUGCAAUUUCCCCAAUUAACUGUCACAUUUCCUCCUUGGCUGGAACCUGGAGUUUGUUUUUGAGUCUGAGCAGGUGGCUGGAGACACAGAACAUAAAUAUAUCAUGAUGUGGGAAUUGGCUUGCUUAUCAUGGAAACAAAUAUCCUCUCUCCUGAGAAGGGGUCUCUGGGCCAGAUUGCUGAAUAAUCCCUUCGCUGGCUUGGAUCUCCGCAGGUGGGGGAACUAGGCGGCCCCCAGCCCAGACUGUGGGCGCUGGAAUCAGGGGAUUUCAGGAUGAGUCACUGAUGCUGGAAGGGGGAGCUGGAUUGGCUGUGUAGUCAGUCUUGUUUUCCUGUCUAGUGUGAGUGUGUGUGAGAGAGAGAGAGGGAGUGAGGGAGAGAGAGAGGUUGAUGCCAAGGAGAUGCCUGCCUCGCUCAUUGGCUCAGCUGCCCUUGGUGGCUGCAGUCAUUUUGGGCCUGUAAUGGGGACAGACACAGGCCCCGGCUGCGAGGUGGGUCAUGUGAGGCCCGGGUUUCUCUCUGUCCCCUCCCUGCUCCUUCGCUCCAACAGCCUUCCUCCUGGAAGAAAUCCUGAGGCUCCCACCUGCCUCCGAGCAGCAGAGAGAGCAGAGACUGCUCCCUCCCAGCCACAGCCCCUUAACAGCACAGGAGAUGAACGCCUGAUUAGAAGUCAGACGCCAGAAGGAGGGUUGUUCUAAAAUACCAGUGCAAAGGAGGGGCCAGGAAAGGCAGCAUCUGUUAAAGAGUCCCCUAGGCAGGGGCCAGCACCUCGGGGCUGCAGGCAGCUCGGAGAUCCGGGGCCAGGCCUCAUCAGGCAAAAAGAGGUCAUCUAGAGGCCCCACCGCCAUGAGCAGACACAGGUGGAGACUCUUUUGAUGGGUGGCAGGGCCCGCGCAGACCCCAGGCAGCGAGUCUGCUGCGGGGCCGCCUGGCAUCAACCCAUACCCGCUCUGCUGCUUCUGUGCAGCCUGACCCAGCGUCCUCCCAGGUGACCUUUGUCCUAUCCCUCCCCGGGGCUGUUGAAGGGACUAAAUGAGAUAAUGUGGAAUAGAGUUCGGGAAAGGGAAAAACAGCCCCCCAGUAACGACCUUCACGCAGUCACGGGGAAGAGGCACCGAAGCGGGAGAGGGGCCAGCCGUGCGGGCAACUCUGCACCGAGAAGCCAUGGUCCGUCUGCUCCGUCCCAUCUCCUGACAGCCGUCGGGCCUCCAGAGUCUCGCCUCCAGUCUAGCCAAGGCCUCUCCUGGCCUUCCUGCACUUGCUCAUAAACAGAGGCCUGAGCGUGAAAGAGGCAGGCGCUGGUGGGGUGUACAGUCCAGUGGGCGCCAAGGCUCUCAAGGUGACCUGCAAAGCUGAAAGGGCUUUAGUGAAGUCAUGAUUCGGGGAGUCGCAGAGGAGCUGUCCUGGGCGUUGGGUCAGGACCAGGGACUGGAGACGUCCCUGGAUGACAUUCUCCUUUCAUGAGGGACAGAGCAGGUCAGCCGGUCAGCUGGGCAGAGAAAGGAACAGUCACGGACACUUCCACAGGGCCAACAUCCCUCAAAUAGUUUUUCAAUAAGAAAUAUUGAGUGUCAGCUGUGUGUCAGACGCUGUCUGGACAGAAACCCGGUCUUGUGGUGUUAGGAGGAAAGGAGAGCACAGGGAGCCGGCUGUGGGGGCACCUGCACCCCGGGGGCCGGGGUCUGGGAGGGCUCAGGAGAAAGGUCUGCUUCAGGGAUGUCUAAAGACUUGGGAAGAAAACCUGGUGGGGAGUGCAGGGGGAUGCUGCUCCAGGCUGAGGCACCCCCAUUGGCCAAGGCCCAAAGAUGAGAGGUACCACAGCUCCUUUGAGGGAUUUUAGCAUGAAUUUAGCUAAAUGUGUUUUCACAUGAAUAUACCGAGUGGGGGGGACGUGGCGAGUUCACAGGGCAUGGGUUUGGGAGUCAGACAAACCUGGGUUGGGUCUUGACCCAACCCCUCACUGGCCACAUGACACCAGACAAGUUACUCACAGUUUCUCUAAACAGGGAGUGCUGAUCCCUCCCUCACGCCAUUCUGGGGAGGGCUAAGGGGGUGAUGGAGGUGAGGGCAGCACUGUGCUGGCGCCAUGCCACCCUCCUCCAUGCUGCUUCCCUCUCCCUUCCACCAUCUCCAGCUGGAGGACCCGGGGCAGGCGGCGACCACAAGGCUGAGCGAGGCUCUCCAUUCUCUACUUAUCAAAGAUUUAUGGGAAUCCGGCUCAGCUCAGAGCUCGGGGAAGGCACAAUGAAUGCCCUUUUGUUUUUAGCUCAAUUUUGUGAGCAGAAUGCUCCUGGGGCCGAUAGAUUUUUCCCAGUAAUGAAAUUGUAAAAAGAAUUGAGUUAUGCCUCUCUGGCUCUAAAGGACAGUCCGGGCCCUUCCCCAGUCCACCCUGUGUCUCCAGCAGACACUCACUUCCUGUGCUUUCUCAGGCCCCUUCCCCUCUUCCUUCUGACAAGGCCUCUAGACUAUGAUCCCCUGAAGGAGAGGGGCUUGGGGUGUGCACUUCAUUAUUGCACUCAGCGCUGGAGACAUAGUUUGUGAAAUAAAAUGUGGGGACCCUUGCUCGAAACUGUUAACAAGAAUUUCAACAUGGCGACAGCACAGCGUGAAACCAAGCCUGGGCCCUGGCGACCGGCCUCCCGUAGUGCCUGGCAGGUUUCAUUCGGGAAACGCCUGGUGAAUGAAGGACUGAGUCUCCUUGCCCCUCUCCCUUGCCUGCCCCUCUCGUCCCCCCAUCCUCCUGUCUCCCUCCUCCUCAUGGCGCUCGCUGGCUGCUUCAAGCCCUGCUGUGCUACUUGCUGCUGUUAAGUCCUGAGUCAAGUGACUGAGACUGUCUGUGCUCAGUUUCCUCAUCUGCAGAACGGGACAGCAACAGCAGCAGCCCCUCCCCUUUGGGGCAGCGGGGGCUCCCUGGACGGCCUGGGUCACAGAAGCAUCUAGAGGUGCUGCCUAUGAUUCGUGUUCUUUCUCCUCUCUCUUCUCUCUCUCCUUUCAUCUCCUUCCUUGAUUUUGUUCCCCUUUUCUCGGUCCCCUUCCUCCCCCACCACAGCCCCCACCCCCAACAUGCGCGAUAGUGGCUAAUGCUGACCUGCUCUUGCUACUGAAAAUCUAAUGCCGGGGCUCAGCAAGUCGCCGGGGAGCAGCCUGGGCAGGUGCAAGGGGAGGCCCAGCUCCAGCUCUCCACUCUGAAGCCCCCACCUACGCCUCCUCCCCCAGGGCAGGCCCCUCAGUGGAUAGGAGCAGCCCUGCUCACCACCCCUAGGCUCAGGCCUCUGGGGCACCUUGGAGCCUCACCCAGAGUUGGCUCUCAUGCCUCAGGCAGAGAAAGAGAGCCAGGAGGGAGGCAAUGGAGGACCUCUGAGUGCCCUGCUGUGGGAGGAGGGAGGUGAUGGAGGCCCCUCUGUGGGAGGAGGGAGGUGAUGGAGGCCCCCCUUAGGUAGGAGGGAGGUGAUGGAGGCCCCUCUGUGGGAGGAGGGAGGUGAUGGAGGCCCCCCUUAGGUAGGAGGGAAGUGAGGAGGCCCCCCGAGUGCCCCCCUGUGGGAGGAGGGAGGUUUGUGAGGACACAGAGAGAAGGUGGCCAGCUGUCUGCAAGCCGGGAAGACAGCUCUCACCGGAAACCAAACCCUAUCAGAACCGCAAUGUUGGACUUCCAGCCUCCGGAACUGUGAGAAAUAAAUGUCUGCUGUUUAAACCCCCAUCUGU